CUGCUGGUGGGAAGAAACCGGUACUUCUGGGUUGCUUGAGAAAGAGAGCACUUGGGAUCAGGAUGGAAAGGUGGCGAGAUUUUGUUGUCGGAAGCAGACGGGGCGGUGACCUUAAUGCACAGAUAUAUAUAUCCACCUAAAAGGAGCCAAGAUGCUUUUCCACCAUCAUCUGUGUCACCUUGCCCAGGAGGUGGACGGAGAGAGGAGCACACUUGACAGCAUACUAUGGCUUCUGUUUGGGUACCAGCCACCUUCACUGCGGUCGUCCUUUUGCUUUCUGGAGGAUGCUACGCCAGUUCUUCAGGUUCCUGGUGCUACGACAGCCUACAAUGUGGACCUGACACAUGGCUAUCCCAUUGCAAAGGCAAGAGGCAAUCUCCCAUCGAUAUUGUCACCAGCAGUGUCAGGCAUAAUCCCAAAUUGGGUGCAGUGACUCUCACCGGCUACAACGACACCAAAAAACUGCUGGAGAUGAAGAACACCGGGAAAACAGUUGACAUAGAACUGGGCGAUGGUCUCCACCUGAGCGGCCCUGGGCUUCCGGGUACAUACACAGCCAAGGCUUUUCACCUCCACUGGGGAGAUGGAGUCCACAAACCUGGAUCGGAGCACCACAUAAACGGCGAACGGCACUCUAUGGAGUUACACAUUGUGCACACCAAAAACAACACGAGUGUAUUGGACGCCUUGAAGGACCCACAGGGCAUUGCUGUGGUAGCAUUCUUUGUCCAGGGCUAUGAGAAGGCACAGGGCAAGACAGCUGAAGCAUGGGAAUCGUUUACAAAGAAGCUGAAGGAAGUUGAGGAAAAGGGUGAGGACACCAAAUUCGAUGGCAGCUUCUCUCUCCAGGAUUUGAUGGGCCCUGUGGAGUUUGACCGCUAUUACCGCUACCCUGGGUCCCUCACCACCCCCGGGUGUGACGAGGUUGUGCUGUGGACCAUCUUUGCUGACCCCAUUCUGGUGUCGGAAGACGUGGUGCAUGCUUUUCCGAAUGAGCUUCAUUCAACGGAGUCCUCCACCGGGCCCUAUAUUGAGAACAACUACCGCCCCCUGCAGAGCAUUGGGGACCGGAAAGUGGAAUCGUCUGCCGGUUUGAAGCACAAAUCCGCUGCCUCGAUAGCCUCUCCGCCAGUAGUGCUGCUCCUCUUCAUUUCUGUGGCUACUCUUGCAUCCUUUUUACCUGCAUAAAGGCUGGGGGGUGGGGUGGAUAUAGGAACCACGUGGAGAGAGAGUCGACAUGAUCUCCAGAGAGGCCAAAGCUAGGCCACAACUCUUUCUGUCCCCCUCAGAAACUUCAAUUCACCUCCAUCUACCUCUCAACCAGCUCACCCAGGACCAGAAGCACUGGCAAAGGACACUAAAAAAGUGGGAGGUGCACAUUUCAGUGAGGAGAGGAGCACAGAGAAGGAGAUCAAUAGGAGCUAGGAUGCCCAGUGCUGGGGGAGGAGUGCGGUUCAGUCCACUAGAGCUAGAGUUGAAGUGAAACUUUCCAUUCAAAAUGGGCUCGUUGUUGACAUUUCCCAAUCUUAUAUCGUGGCUUUGUUUCUCAAUGGUAUUUGAGUUUCCAGAUCAACGUUUGGGCUUAAGUGGAAUAGAACAAUCAUCAGCGUUUGAGCAGUGAUGCACAUUUUGAUACACUGCAUACCGAAAACCUCAGAUGUCAACAAAAGCAAAGGGGGGGAUCACUGGAAAUAUAUAGAUUUCCUUGUGGAGUUUGAGGUUCAGGUCUGUUUGGGCUAAAACUUCCAAUGGUUAAAAAA